CAAUGUAUCUAUGCAUUACAUUCUCGGCCUAACAUAAGCAUCAAUCAUCGAUUUUACUAACCGAAAAUGCAUUUUGUGUCUUAAUAUACAGCCAAGUGACUUUUCAUUUUAUUAUUGCUUGAUUAAAUUGAUGAUAAUUUGUUUUGAACAACUCAUUUCUAAAGCAUGAUUCACAGCUUGUAGUUCAUUUAGUUAUCAAAAUUUAGUGUGUUACCUAAUGUAAACAUCGUUUUUCGUGAAAUUGAAUUGUAAUAAUAUUCAUAUAUUUUUGUUCAACAGGACAAUGAAAAGAAAAUAUUAUCUAGUAAUCUAUCAUGCCUAACAGAUAUAGUAUUGGGUUCUAGAAAUUUUUGCGAUUUCUGAUCCGCUGAACUUCAGGUCUAUUUCACAUUUUUUCAUUGCAUAUUUUAAUGAUUUUUGUCGUUAAAAUGGUAUUUUAUAUUGUAUGUUGACUGUUAAGUACUUGCUCCUUAUACGAGCUAAUUAAACGCUCGUCGCCGUUCGGACGAUCUGGAAAGAUGCGUGCUGCUUCCACGAGAUCUAAGUCGCUCGACGACCUUGAUCAUCUCGCUAUGGACUCAUACACCGAUACAAAGUUGAUCCAAAUGAUAUCCCAGUGGAACAACAAGCGGGAUCAACACUCCCUCUUAUGGAGAUACCAGGCCGAGAUGUCGAAGGAGAUGAGGACUUUAAUCCGUUUGAACAUCGAAAAUUGGCUCACCCUACAUCGGACAUGGAUACGUUAAUUCAUUUGCUAAAAGGAUCAUUAGGCAGCGGUAUAUUGGCUAUGCCAAUGGCGUUCAUGAAUGCAGGGCUUUACUUUGGAUUGGUGGCAACUUUCCUCAUUGGUGGUAUUUGCACAUAUUGUGUUCAUAUCCUCGUUAAAACAUCUCACGAGCUCUGUAAGAGGAUGCAAAAACCAUCCCUUGGCUUUGCUGAAACAGCGGAAGCCGCCUUCCUUUCUGGACCUCCAGCUGCACAUAAAUUCUCACGACUAGCCAAAGCUAUGAUAAACUGGUUUCUGGUGAUCGAUUUACUGGGAUGCUGUUGCGUGUAUAUCGUGUUCGUGUCGAAAAACAUAAAGCAAGUUGUUGACAACUACACGCUUGAUAGCGAAUGGUUGCCUCACGAUGUAGAUGUCAGAAUUUAUAUGGCAGUUCUUCUUCCACUUUUGAUUUCAAUGAAUCUCAUUAGAAAUCUGAAGUACUUGGCUCCAUUUUCAAUGAUUGCGAAUCUUUUGGUUGGAACUGGAAUGGUUAUCACAUUCUACUAUCUUUUUCAAGAUAUUCCCGCUAUUAGUGAAAGAAAGCAGUUUGCGGGUGUCGCUCGUCUACCAACGUUCUUCGGCACGGCCAUAUUCGCCUUGGAAGGAAUCGGUGUUGUUAUGCCUCUUGAAAAUAACAUGAAGACACCUACUCAUUUCAUCGGAUGUCCUGGAGUACUCAACACCGGGAUGUUCUUUGUCGUAUCACUUUACGCUUUGGUUGGAUUCUUCGGAUAUUUGAAAUACGGAGAUGGAACUUCUGGAAGUAUUACAUUGAACUUGCCGCAAGAUGAAGUAUUGGGCCAAUGUGUCAAGUUGAUGAUCGCUGUAGCCAUUUUUUUCACCUAUAGUCUUCAGUUCUACGUGCCAAUGGAAAUAAUCUGGAAAAAUAUACGCCACAGAUUCGGAGCUAAGAAAAACCUCGCGGAAUAUACAAUUAGAAUUACGAUUAUAAUAAUAACACUCGGUAUUGCUAUCGCUAUACCUAAUCUUGGACCUUUCAUCUCUCUUGUUGGUGCUGUCUGUCUCUCCUUCUUGGGUCUAAUAUUCCCUGCUGUCAUCGAAACUGUUACUUAUUGGGACAGGCCAAACGGGCUUGGCCGAUUCAACUGGGUCCUAUGGAAAAAUAUGUUCUUGGUUUCAUUCGGAAUACUGGGAUUCCUCACCGGAGCCUAUGUAAGCAUUCUAGACAUAAUCAAAGGAGAAGAGUAAGACAUCAACGACAAGACUAUAAAAUGUAAGGCUCAAAUAAAUUGUUAAGGGUUACUUACUAUCUUAUAAUUUCAUUUUUAUUCAAUUUUAUACAAAUAAUACAAUUUAAAUAAAUGUGUUUUAGAAAUUCUCCGUUAAGUUGUAUGCGAUGUCCAAAUAUUGUAGUUCGAGUUUAACGAUUAUUACCUGACUUGAUUUUGUUUAGAAGGCUAUUUUUCUAAAGUUUUGAAGCCCGAAUCUCUAUAGCCAUUUAUAUAGGUUAAGCCCUCUGUAGAUAGGAUCAUUAUAUAUAACUGAAUGAAAUGUGUGAGAAUUUUUCUAGUGCAUUAAUGAAAUGUGAUAAAUCAUUAGUUUAGGAAAAGCAUGAAUUACAUUGCGUAAUAUACAAAAAUUAUUUUAUUCGUUUUGAAAACGUUGACAAUAUGCUGAGAAUACCUACUGUAUUUUAAUGUUUUUAUAAUACAUAAAUAGUUUAUAAUUUCUGGGAUAUAUUUAAAAGUCGACUGUGAUGUUUGAUAAAUAGUUGUAUUUUUAAACAAACACUAGGUUAAACUGUGAAAUCAGUUAUACAGACUAUAAAAAAUGAUUGAUCGUAAGUGCAUUGACUUCUCAAGGAUAAAUUACUACAUAGUAUCUAAAUAUCUCUUUAAAAGUCAACAAUCGUAUACAACUAUUUCUCAGUUGAAAAUUUUCGUGGAACAUUAAAAGAAAUAUUUAUGAGUCGAAACCACGGGCUUUAUUAUCCACUACAUUUUACUUAUUUUACAAAGUGAUCAUUAUUAAAAAUAACAAAAAUACUUUGAAUACAGCUAUGUAAGGCAGUUAAAAUAAAUGACUAAGUUUUACAUUAGUGCCUUUAAGAAUACUCGUGAUUGUUAAAGUGCACCAUUUUGGAAUAUUUCAACUAAUAGAAAGGAAUAUGACGUGGUUAUUAUUAUCUUAUGUUAUUCUAGUUUAGUAGAAAUGUUUAAUUGCAGCAUUGCAUAAGUAUUAUUUUCAAUAAUUGCAGAUUCAACUACUAAUACCAUACCAUAGAAACAUUAAGUAUUUUUGAGAUGUUAGUAGGUAUUCUUAAUAGUAAAUUGUUGUUUUUAUAUAAUAAACAUUCGAAAUUUCUGUAUUCCUCAGAUCAAAUUGGAUGUUUUCUUUUAAAAUAGAUACCAGUACAUAUUUUUAAAAUGUGAUUGUAACAAUCUUGUUGUUACAUUAACUGUCUCUAAUCGCUUGAGGCAAAUUGUGUAAUGCAUUUUUAUCUACAGUAUACAAAAGCUCAAACACACUGUCCUCAAAAAAUUAUAUCUUUUAGAACUAAAAGUGUUAUUGAAAUAUUAUCAAAAUUCACUAUUUUGUAAAACUUUAAUACAUACAAUUAUUUUGUAUCAAAUGUCUCAUAGGUUUUCUUAAUGAAAAUCAUUCCUAUUUUCAUAGAUAUAGAUACAUUUUAGUCUUAAAAUGCAAGUAUUACAUAUUAUAUAAAAUACAGCUUUUAACGAUUAGUUAUCGUAAGACUGUGUCAAUAAAACGGAUCGUUAUAAACUGUAUUUCAUAUACAUUUUACUUUAAGUAAAAUUCAGUAUACCAUUCCGCUUACUUAAGAAAGGAGUGGACUCUGUUUUGUUACAGUAUUAAAUAAAUAAGCUUAAGGGAAA